AUGCAAGCACCACCUCCAUUAUCAAGAUGUCUUAGACCGCAGCCUGAUCCCUGUGCCGACAAACCCCAGUUCAUGCGCGUUGACCUCCAUGAGAAAUUGGAGUCUUUCUUUCUGGAGAUGGUAAUGUGCGCCUGUAAGGUCUACGACACCGACUACGACCUCGCCUGCGCUAUAAAGCAAUGUCUGGACAAGAAGUUUGGCCCAGAAUGGCAUGUGAUUGUGGGAGAAAAGUUUGGCAGUCACAUUGAGCAUCAGCCAAAGGCCUUCGCCCACAUCCUGUAUCAGGGUCGGUCUUUCCUCAUCUGCCGACAUAUUAAGCAGUUCAUCGACGACCACCGUGCACACAUGAACAUUCAAAGGACGCAAGUGAAACCUCCCGACAGCAUAUGUAUUCAGUACUGUGACAAAGGUCCCUGUGAGGAUAAACCCAAGCUCAUCCGCUCCGAUAUCAACGAAAAAUUGGAGGCUUUCUUCUUGGAGAUGGUGGUUAGCGCCUGUAAGAUCUAUGAGGACGACUAUGACCUCGCCUGUGCUAUAAAGCGAUGCCUGGACAAGAAGUUUGGUCCGCAGUGGCAUGUGAUUGUGGGAGAAAUGUUCGGCAGCCAUUUCGAACAUCAGCCAAAGAGCUUCGUCUACAUUAACCAUAAGGGAAAGUUCUUUCUUAUGUUUCGGUUCGGUUGA